CAGGGAAGCUUCAUCUGACGGUUUUCAUUAUUUUCAGUCAGAUGCUCUGCGCCAAUGAAGCUCUGAUGUGAGGUCUCAGAUCUUCUUUGACGAUGGAGUCCCAGAACUUAAACCUAACCUGUGCCAUCUGCCUGGAGCGUUUCCGAUUCCCUGUGACCAUCCCCUGCGGACACACCUUCUGUAAGAAGUGCAUCAUCACCCACUGGGACACCAAAAGCAAGGCCAACCUCGGACCUCAGUGCCCGCUCUGCAGCAAGGAGUUUAACACCCGGCCCAUCCUCAAGCGGAAUGUGUCCCUGUCGGUCCUGGCAGAGGCUGCGAACAGUGGCGGCCCGUCCUGCAGGGAGUCCCCCAUGAGGGCACACGAAGGGGUCCGAGCCAUGCAGCUGUGUGAUCGCCAUAAAAAGCCUCUGGUUUAUUAUUGCAGGCAUGAUAAAAUGUCUGUGUGCUGCGAGUGUGGUAUCGCAGAAUGUGCGGCCCAUGAGAAGGUCUUGUUGGAGGCGGAAAGGGAAAAUCAAGAGAUGCUGCUGGAGAUGAAGAAUAAGGAGGUGGGGAAACUCAUCGAAGAGACACAGAACUGUAUAAAGGACUUGACUGAGAACAUCGAUCAAGCAAAGGAGACUCUUGAACAGACUUCGACCUGGGCCAAUGUCAAGUUCUCCACCCUGCUGAAAAUCCUGGCUGAGAAGCAGGAGGCCACAGAGCUCUUCAUCGAUGAGCAGAGAGAGGCCACCAUCACCGAGGCGGAGGCGCGGUUGGCUGAGCUGGAGGAGCAUUCCACCAGACUCAAAGAGAGCCAGGAGCAGAUAGCAGCUGUAAACAAGCUCACUGAUACGGAGCUCAUCAAGGAAUCCAUGCUUAUAGAAGUUCCACAUUUUAAGGUCAUCCCCACAGAUGUAACACCCAACCUUCAAGAUCGAUUAAACUGCGUCACCGACAUCUUGUCCCGCGUCUCCAAGCUGGUGUCUGAGGACCUGGACAAAGCAGUGAGCACCACAGUGGCUCCGGACAAAGAUGGUUCUCCUCAGGAUAAGAGGCCAGUCGGAGCUGUGGUUCCCAGUCCCGCUGCUCCGUGCCACCCUGGUGGGCAAGAGGGCCUCAACGCUUACCGAUGCUCUCUGACCUUUGACCCCCGCACGGCCAACGGACACCUGUUUCUGUCUCAGGAGAACCAGAGGGCGGAGCACCUGACGUCUGGGCCCCGGCCCGUGCCGGUUCACGAGUCCCGCUUUGAUUACACCUGGCAGGUGCUCUGCUUCCAGGGCUUCACCAAAGGGCAGCACUACUGGGAACUGGAGGUGUCCAAGCCCUGGGCCUACCUCGGGGUGACGUACGAGGCCAUCCCCAGGAAGGAGAAAGGCAAGCGCUGCAUGGUGGGUAUGAACGAACUUUCCUGGAGCCUGCAGCUGGACGAGCACCAGCUCAGCGCCUGGCACAACAGCCGGAAGGAGACCCUGGUGGGCCACUCGCAGCACAGGCGCAUCGGCAUGCUGCUGGACUACGAGGCGGGGACGCUCACCUACUACGGGGACGGUCAGACCCGGCUGCACGCCUUCCACUAUGCCUUCACCAAGGAGCUGUACCCCGCCUGCUGGAUAGGAGAGGGGGUCAGCAUCACCCUGUGCUCCACAUGAGGGUACAUGCAUGGAGACGUGAAGACGGGAGCUCAGUGAUAAGAAGCACUAUCAAACAUGGCCACUGUCGGACUCAACAGAGAAGAUCACGGUUAACCAUUUAGGAGUUUUUUUUGUCUUUUCACAGUGACUGCCUUUAUACAUUGUUUUUUAGCAGAAGCGACUGUGAGGGGCUUUCUCCCCCAAACUCUAAAGGCCCACAGGGAUUUGGUCUAACGACGGCACUACUUCAUUCUCUGUUUUUUCUUCAUAGCAUGUAAUCAAUAACUUCCAGGUUUAGAUAGACGUCUACUCUCAGGAAGACAAGAAGCAUCUCCUUCACUCAGUGAGUCAGAUCACUGGAGUUUCAUUUUGAACAAGGGAAUUUAUUACUGGAGUUGGGAAAGACACAUUCACACUGCACGCAUACAAAAAGUCAGCGCAGCAAAACAAGUGUUAGAAAAAGAAAAGGCCGUUUUUGUAAUGCUGUUCACACCAUCAACCAAGCUGCCUGGAAAUCUGGCAGAAAUUGAAAUUUCUUAUUUUUAAAGUUCAGGUCAAUAAUGUUGUGAUUUAACAUGAAUAAAGAUGUAAUUGAAAGGCACAAUUUUACAAGGAUAUAGUCAUGUUAUCAAAAUGAGGAUCCCAAAUUUUUUGGAGAGCCCAAAAGUACUCGCCGGAAUUCCACCUCUGGAUCCAAAAUCUUUACCUAAUCUCAACUUCCUCCAAGUCUGUGCAAUGCAUUCUUCGGAAUAUGCUAAAUUUCUUGCACAAUCUUUUCAAACUCCUGUUGAGCAAGUAUUUUCUUAUUUGUGAAAUCUAUACUAAAGUACGACUUAACAUGAUGCUUCAUAUUCCUCACUUUAAUGCAGGCGAGAGGCAGAUCCUCCAAUAUCCCUUCUCUAAAAUCACACGCAGCCUAAAAUUACAGCUUUAUUCUUGCAAUCUCAGAUUUUAUUUCCUCUUUAAAUUGCUGUUGUAUUUAUUGUCGUGCACUCAUCAUUUUUCAGAUUAUUUUUUUCUUCCUUAUCGUUUCAUCUCUUGGCAGACUUCAAUAAACGCAAAGAUGUGAAACAGUUCAUAUUAUAAUGGAGUCAGUGCAUACAGCACAAUAACACUAGAGAACCUGCUUCAUUUAAUUUCCCUGUUAAAUCUCCUCUCAUGUGCUGUAGGUAAUGUAAGAGAAACCAAAUCCAUAGAACUGUACAUCUUUACUGUAAAUGUAAAGCAUCAUCAUGUUGGGAUCUGAUCAUGAAUGCACAAACUAAUUGCCCUGCCUGAACUGUGAGAAGCAUGUGAUGCUGAUUGGGUGGUGAUGAGAUCUGCUGUUUCAACGGACUCCUUUUUUUUUUCUUCUUCUUUUUUAUCGUGAGCACAUUGAAAUCCUAGCUGGGACUGUUGGACUCUAAAGGUACUUGAGGCUCAGGACGUCCUGCACCAUACUUGAGAACCUGCUGUGGAUUUGCACAAGUUGGCGAAAGUGCAGAUGGGAACCACUUACAUUUCCGUGCGGAUUUCGCCGAAUGACAUUAAAACACAAGUCCUCCUGCUGACUCUGGAACAUGUUACAUUCGCCCAUGCACUAAAGUGGAUUACCAUCAGCGUGUGAUCGCAACAAAGACAAAAGACAGCUGUGUUCCACAUGAAUCAAGAUCCAUUUAAUAAAAUGCAAUCCAAUGCACACAUUCA